AUCUACGUCUUGGCUUCCUAUAUAAAGAAAAGAGAGAAAGCGAGAGAGACAGAGAGCGAGGAGGCUUUCGUGAUCAAACACCUGGAGACUGGCCUGCUUCUUCAGGGAAGCUCAGAAGAACUGAAGCAUUUGUGGGCUGAUGGUUCCAUUAUUCAGGAGGAAUAACUUCUUCUUGACUCUAUCUGGAGGAAAAGUGGAGGAUCUUAGCUCGGAGACAUAUAUAUCAGCAAUAGCUUUCUCUCAGUUGGUGUUUGGUAUAGUAAGUGAACUGAUCAGUGAUAAGAACAACUGAGCCACCACCAAAGGCUGCCAUGGCUGGUAGACUCUCCAAAAAGGAAAUUGAAGAACUACAGGCCAUUGCUGAGAGUGGAAACCUCACAGCAGCAGCUGCUAAACUUCAGGAGAAGCUGGAAUCAUUAGAAAACAUCCCACUGGACAUCGCCAUCACGGGAGAGUCAGGUGCAGGGAAAUCGUCCUUCAUCAACGCCAUCCUGGGCCUGCAUGAUGAUGAUGAAGGUGCUGCUGAGACUGGGGUGACACAAAAAACGAUGGAGCCAAAGGCUUAUCAACACCCCAGACUCCGAAAUGUAAAACUAUGGGACCUGCCAGGAAUUGGGACACCGAACUUUCAGGCAGACAAAUACCUUAAUCAGGUAAAAUUCAACAACUACGACUUCUUCAUCAUUGUCACUGCUACGCGCUUCACUUCCCACCACACCACCCUGGCCCGUGCCAUUCACAAGCUGGGGAAGAGGUUUUACUAUGUGCGCUCCAAAGUGGAUAAUGACUUGAAGGCUGAACAAAGGAAAAGGAAUUUCAACGAGGAGAGAACCCUGCAGGAGAUCAGGGAGGACUGCGUAGAGAACCUGAGAGAAGCAGGUGAGGCCUCCCCGCGGGUUUUCCUGCUCUCCAGCUGGAAACUGACUGAGUACGAUUUCCAGCUGCUGCAGGAGACCCUGGAGAAUGAGCUGGAUGAUCAGAAGAGACACAUUUUCAUCCUGGCCAUGCCCAACAUCUCAGCAAAGAUCCUGGAGAAGAAAAAGGCUGAACUGCAGGAGCAUAUUUCGAAAGUGGCCCUAUUGUCAUGUGCUAUUGGUGCUCUUCCUUUUCCAGGCCUCUCUCUCAUCUGUGAUGUAGGCAUCUUGGUUGUUCACAUGGAGCGUUACUGCCUGGCCUUUGGCUUGGAUGAAGAGUCUCUCACUAGACUGGCUCAGCAGGUUGACAAGCCUGUUGCAGAGCUGAAAUCUGCUAUCAAAAAGUCUCCACUGGCCUCAGCCAUAACAAAAAAGUUUAUACUGACUGUGCUUUCCAGAUCUCUAUGUGGAGCACUGAUGGUGGUGGAAUUAAUUCUGAAUUUUGUACCAGUCCUUGGCUCCCUAGCAGGGGGAGGGAUUUCUUUUGUGACCACGUACUACAUGCUGCAGAGCUUUCUGGAUGAGGCUGCAGAAGAUGCUCAGAAUAUUCUGACCAAGGCUCUUGAACCCAAAGCUAAAAAAUCCAUAUAACAGCACCAAGACCGCCUAUGCCUGCCCAUAGAAAACCAGACACACCUGGCCCAGCCCUGUCAGAAUCUCUAGACGUGAGUGAGCCCAGCAAAAACAAACUGACACCUUAAACCAACAAACUGACCAAAUGAGAUCAGACAGGAUUCUGGUGAAUCAAAAGCUUGGCCCUUCCACCAACACUAUGUCAGGUUAGAUAGUUUCUUUUCAGGCAAAACUAACUGGGAUGGAGCUGGUCUCUAAACCAGUCUAUGAAUCCAGGAGAAAUGUUCUAAGAAGACGACGAUGCUCCAGUAUCUCUGCUUGGCUCACUCACUCUGGCCUCAUGUGAAACAGAAUCUGUAAGAAACCCCUGUGAAGUCUGGUACAACUGCGCCUUCUGGGCUGGAUCCAUGAAAAGGAGUUAGGUGUCGUUUUAACCCCCCAAGUCCAGCAUGGGGCACCCGGGCAUUCAGAAAACCACCGCUCAGCUGCCACCUGACCCUGUAGGUGCCUAAAGUCCCUCGACAGCUACAUUUCCACCAGUAAAGCCCCAAGCUGCCUACGUUUCUGCCAGUGAGCAGGGGCACAGCCGCAUCGGUCUAGGCACCUGGGAACCUGCCUCACGCCGACACCCCAGAAGGUUCCAUUCCCUCGUCUGUCUGGCCUGCAGGGCCUGAUCCAGGAGUGUUCUCAGGACACACCUAACCCCACACAAAAUGGAUGGAGGGGGAGGUGGUUGUCAGGAUUCAGGACCUGCCGCAGAGCAAGUCUCAUGGUAACACAAUGAGCACGGUCAGCCAGUAGCAGGCUGCCGAAAUGGCUCCACAGCCUGAUUGGCUGGAAGAGUCAACAGAGCAGCCCUUGGGUCCUGCAGCAGCAGCAGGUCAGCAGCUGCUCAGAGAUAGCUCCUGCUCAUUCCAAGCCUUGCUCCUGCCUUGGACCCGGCCUUGCCUCACGCCAGGUAACCUGGUUCUGACCCUUGGCUCCAAUUCCUGACUCCGGCUGUGACCCUGGACUCUGGCACCUGCCCUCUGACUCCUGCCCUGAGCCUGGGCUCGGAUUCCUGGCUACUGAUGCCUGCUCCAAUGACUGGGCCUGAUCCUGCUCUAACUGCUAGGCCCAGCCACCCAUGUCCCACUCACUGACAGUGGCGGUGCCUCUCUAACAGUUUAGUGCUUCAAGCGCUCCCCUGGGGUGGGAAUAUCCAAGCUGAAAUCCUUUCUCACAUUGGGUGUGUGUCUCAAUUGACGGUGUACUAGACGGCUUAAAAUACUUCGGUGAAAUGAAGUUAAAUUGAGAAGGAAAGUCACCUAGAAGUUGGUAAUGCUUUGGGCAAGACACUGUGAACAUUAUGCCAGGGUUUGCCGAGGGGUGAUCCUGUUAGGGAAAUAAAGGGCUUGCAUUCGUAUUGAUUUUUUUAAUUGGGGAUAA